AUGUUCUCUGGCGCUGCCUUCAACUCCAGCAUUUACACAGUGUUCAAGGGCAAGCAGAUAGAGGUGAGGGACAGAGAAACCUUCACAGCACAGCUGGAGUUAGACAGUCUUGGGGCUCUCUCUUGUAAAAGGGAUUUUUCAUCUUAAUCAUGUGAUCACGUGUAAAUAAAGAAUAGAAUCGUCUGUUGUAUACAUUCUGAUAAAGAUUUUACUUAUUAUAUCUAGCUAAUAAGUAGCUUGCACCAAAAUGCGUCGGCAAUAAAUAUAAUUGAAGGGAAUUAAGCUGCCGUCCUGAACCUUCUUUUACAAUUGCAAUAUCAACAUAACCAUUUAAUGACUAGUGGUGCUGUUGUUUGUGCAGGACCUGUGAAUCCCCUAUUUCAACAUCACCACUGACAUCACUGACGGUAAGGCCUCCAUACUCUCUCUGUCCACCUGCAUGUGUUUCUCUUUCUCUGUCUGUCUCUGUCUUUUAACCCUCUGUCCUCCUCUGUUUUAACUGAUGAGAAAUGUACAUGUGAAGAAGGCACCUGUCCCUCUUUUAUCCGCCUACAUAGACAUCUGUCCAUUUCCCCCUCUCUCAGGCUCUUUGUAAAGGUACGUGCAUGCCAGCAUGUCCCUCUCUGGCUACCUGCCCCCUCUCUGUGACCCUAAAGACGGACACCUACUGAUGGAUAGAGGCUACAUCAACAACCUGCCAGGUCAGCAACACACACACAGUACUUCUCUCCUGCUCAGCGACGUAAUCCAAAAUGUUCAUUGUUACUGUCUAAGCCCGAAGCCUGCCUCUCUGCCCCUCCCAGCGGACGUGGCUCGCUCCAUGGGUGCCAAGGUGGUGAUCGCCAUAGACGUUGGCAGCCAGGACGAGACCAACCUCACCAACUACGGCUACUAA